AUGGAAGUUGACCGUGCUGUCAAGAGACGCAAAGUAACGACUGCCGGGUCAUCUAGCUCUCAGCCAUCCCAGUCCCAGUCCCAGUCCCAGUCUCAACCCCAAUCUCAAUCUCAGUCACAGUCCUUUGCUGAUGUUCUAGAACGUUUAAAAGUUUCAGGUGCUGAAGGUGGUGCCGAUUGUUGGGCACGUCCAGCCCUUCCCCCAGUCGAUGAAUCGAGAGACGCGCUCGUCUUUCAACAAAUCGACGUGGAACCGUCUACCGAUUUCGGCACAGGUGCAGUAAUGUUGAGGAUGUUUGGCGUGACCGAGGCGGGACAUAGCGUUCUUGCAUAUGUCACUGAUUUCUUGCCCUAUUUCUAUAUUGCUGUUCCACGUGGCUUCCAGAAUGAUGAUAAAGAGGAUUUCCGAAACCACAUCAACACUUCGCUUGGUGGUUCUUUUGUGGUAAAUAUUGAAAGUGUUCAGCGACGCAACCUAUGGGGAUACAGGGGUGACGAUUGGGUAGCAUUUCUCAAGCUCACCAUCUGUGACCCUAAGACACUGCCAAAAGUUCGAGAUAACUUAUUUCCCAUUGGACAAGCAGUCAGUACGUUUGAAAGCAAUAUCCCAUAUGCCUUACGUUUCAUGAUCGAUACCAAGGUGGUUGGCAUGAAUUGGAUUGAAAUUCCUGCUGGCAAGUAUAAAAUCAUGCCUGAUAAAGAAAAGCAUUCUCAGUGUCAAGUCGAGCUGAGAGUCAGAUACGAUCACUUCAUCUCACACGCCCCUGAAGGCAAGUGGUCCAAAGUAGCCCCCCUACGGAUCCUAAGCUUUGAUAUCGAGUGCGCUGGCCGUAAAGGCAUCUUCCCUGAACCUCAGAUGGAUCCGGUCAUACAAAUUGCAAACAUGGUUACUCGCCAAGGCGAUAGUCAGCCGUUCAUUCGGAAUAUUUUCACUUUGAAUUCGUGUUCUCAUAUCGUUGGAUCUCAAGUACUUUCAUUCAAGGACGAGGGCGCGAUGCUACAGGCCUGGCGGGAUUUCAUCGAAGAGGCUGACCCAGACGUAGUGAUUGGUUACAACAUUUCAAAUUUCGAUUUUCCGUACCUUUUAGACCGAGCGAAACAUCUCAAAGCAGCUAAAUUUCCUUACCUAGGAAGAAUAAAAAACUCCAAAACCCAGGUAAAGGAUACCCACUUCUCUUCCAAAGCCUAUGGACAGCGUGAUUCCAAGGAGACAGUGCUCGAUGGGCGGUUACAACUUGAUAUUUUGCAGUUCAUGCAACGGGAGCACAAACUGCGUAGCUACACGUUGAAUUCUGUUUGCGCUCAAUUCCUUGGCGAGCAGAAGGAGGACGUACACCACUCUGUGAUUACUGAACUUCAAAAUGGAACACCGGAAUCUCGCCGUCGGUUAGCCGUAUACUGCCUUAAGGAUGCUUAUCUUCCGCAAAGGCUCUUGGACAAACUCAUGUGUUUUGUGAAUUAUAUCGAAAUGUCGCGUGUCACAGGAGUUCCAUUCAACUUCCUUUUAUCUCGAGGCCAGUCCAUCAAAGUUCUUUCUCAGUUAUUCCGCAAGGCAAAUGAAGAGGGCUACGUUGUCCCUGCGCUGCUUAAAGGAGAAGGAACCGAUGAACAGUACGAAGGUGCCACUGUAAUCGAGCCGAAGAAGGGAUAUUAUGAUUCUCCAAUCGCUACCUUGGAUUUCAGCUCUCUGUAUCCGUCAAUCAUGAUGGCUCAUAACCUAUGUUAUACUACCCUCCUGGACAAGACAACUAUUGAUCGACUACAACUCGUGAAAGACGUUGAUUACAUUCAAACCCCCAACAAUGAUUUCUUCGCCACUACCUCGAGGCGAAAGGGUCUUCUACCCACUGUUCUUGAGGAUCUCAUUUCUGCUAGGAAGCGUGCUAAAGCAGACCUGAAGAAAGAGACCGAUCCUUUUAAAUGUGCAGUCCUUGACGGUCGUCAGCUUGCUCUCAAAAUCAGUGCUAACUCUGUUUACGGUUUCACUGGAGCUACCAUCGGGAAACUGCCUUGUCUUGCUAUUUCGUCGAGUGUGACUUCUUAUGGUCGACAGAUGAUCGAGAAGACGAAACAAGAGGUCGAGGCUGAGUACUGUGUAGCUAAUGGCCAUGAUCACAAUGCGGAGGUUAUUUAUGGUGACACAGAUUCUGUCAUGGUCAAAUUCGGCCCUGCAGAGCUCACGAAGGUUAUGGCAUUGGGAAGCGAGGCAGCGGAUCUCGUCACCGCGAGAUUCGUAAAACCGAUCAAGUUGGAGUUUGAGAAAGUCUAUUUUCCAUACCUUCUGAUUAGUAAAAAGAGGUAUGCUGGUCUGUACUGGACGAAACCAGAAAAAUAUGAUAAAAUGGACUCGAAGGGAAUCGAAACUGUUCGACGUGAUAAUUGUCGUCUGGUUUCCACAGUCAUUGAAACGUGUCUCCAUAAAAUGUUAAUAGACCGAGAUGUCAAGGGAGCUGAAGACUACACAAAACGAGUCAUUUCCGACUUGCUUCAGAACAAAGUAGAUAUGUCACAACUCGUUAUAACCAAAGCCCUAUCAAAAGCGGAAUAUAGUGGAAAACAGGCCCACGUCGAAUUGGCUGGACGGAUGAAGCAACGUGAUGCUGGCUCGGCACCCGCACUGGGUGAUCGUGUGGCAUAUGUUAUUGUCAAAGGCAUGAAAGGUGCUGCGGCAUAUGAGAAGUCAGAGGAUCCACUUUACGUCCUUGAAAAUAACAUUCCUAUUGAUACCAAGUACUAUCUGGAUAACCAACUGUCAAAACCUCUUAUGAGAAUUUUUGAGCCUAUCUUGGGCGAGAAGGCAUCGUCGCUUUUAUCGGGCGGUCACACAAGGAGCAUACAAAUCGCGACACCCACAGUCGGUGGUUUAAUGAAGUUUGCCGUAAAAACUGUCACAUGCUUAGGGUGUAAGACACCUUUACGGGCUAACAACAGUGUCAAAAAUGGAGCAGUAUGCAACAACUGUCGACCAAAGACGGCUGAACUUUAUCAAAGACAUGUUGGCACUGCUUCCGAAAUGCAAGUUCGGUUUUCACGGCUGUGGACACAAUGCCAGCGCUGUCAAGGAUCUCUUCACCAGGAUGUUCUAUGUUCAAGUAAAGAUUGCCCUAUAUUCUAUAUGAGGAAAAAGGCGCAAAAGGAUGUGGAGGAUGCUGAUGCUGUCCUUGAGCGUUUUGACCUGGACGCCUGGUGAUAACGCUUUGCAGUGUGUCGUUUGGAAAAAGUCACCAAAAAUAUCAUUUAUAUUGGGUUGGUUAUGUACUCUUUUGUUUGUAUCGCUACACAUAUUGCAUUAGAAGAUAAUAAACACAUUCAAGUUUA